GCCACGUCUCCACAUUAAACAUGUGAAUGGAGUGUAUGAUAUUGAUCCCGCACAGUUAUUUUCUGACUUGUCAAAAUGACAGUGUUACAACCCCGUGUUCAUUUGUGUCGGUGCACUGGCACUACAGUAAGUCAAAUUAAACACAAAUUCAUCAAUUAAAUCUGCGAUCUGUCUAUUUUAAUUCUGCCUCAGUCCUUAGACGGUUAUUUCAUGGGCAAAGUUUAUUUGAGCAUAAUAUAUAAAUUACAAUAUUGGGAAAAAAGGAAACAAUGCUAUAAUAUUAUAAUGUAAUACAAGGUAACGGCUCUGAGGUUCACUUCGUUUGAACCAGAUAGCCUAAAGCAUUCAUGUGGUUUUCAGGCGCUUCAGACGUAAUAGAUCACCUGCUUUUGGCAAAACAAAUCAAGCUCCGAUGCAGUGCUUUAAUGAGAAAUGUGUUGUUUAUUUGGUACAAGCUUCGGAGCUUCCGUGUUGAACGUAACAGCACUAGUCAUUGUACUGUAUAAGUUACAGUUUUAAAGUAGUUUUGAAAGGAGACAAAGAAAUGAGUACAUGCAGGGGCGUUGUCAUGUGACACACAGCAGUCACAACAGCAUUAUGUUUUAUUUAUUUAUUCCUUUUUAUUCGAAACAUUCCCAAACGCAUUAACUCUAUCAUGAAGUAUCUUGAUUCUUACCUUUAUAGAUUGUUAGUACAUCUAUAGUGGGUGAUGGUCAAAGUAAUGAUGUAAUCUAUUAACUAUGCUUAAAAACCUGUCUGUUUACUUAAUUAACAGAUUUGGGUGUCAUGCCAUAACAUAUUUUUAAUUCAUAAGCUCAACAGAAUCGUGUGUGAUUGGUUAUAAUGCGCAGCGCUGUAAAAACGCAUCUGUAUCUGGCUCAGCGCCAGCCAGCGAACGCAGAUUUGAAUUUAGCAGCUGAUGAUAUGAGCACUGACCGAUCUAAUCACGCUGGUGUGAUUGUAUUAAAUAUAGAAAAUAAUAAUCGGCUAUUUUUUGUCUUUUGGAAGCUGCAUUCAAAAUCCACUUGUCUCAAAAAUCUGAGGGGGCACGUGCCCCUCACUGUGAAUGGGCAUCCUAUUAAGCUCCAUUAAAAUCGAGAUGUGCCUAGACAGCACUAUCAGCGUGAGUAGCUAGUAUCUCUCUAUCUCUCCUUCUCCGGAUGUAGUUCAGGUGACGGACUGCAGCCUAAACACGCCUAUCGCUUCUCCCUCCUAAACACGCGUUUAGGCUGCAGUAAGUUUAGUUUAGUCACGCAAGAAUACGCUACAGUUUAUCCAGAAGUCUUCCAGAGAAGAAUCAGUCUGCUCUCUGCCGCAGUUUUUGGCCAAGGAUUCCCUUAAGCACUGAAUCAUGUAUAACGUCAUCAAUGUGUCGUGUGCAGAGAUUGAGAGCGCUGUGGGUUUUCUGUUUAUGAUUCAGUCUGUUAUACUGAACCAAACACUCAAUGCUGACUGUGAGCAGAGCUGGUAUUCAGAGGACGGGAGUCUGAUAGCAGAUCCAUCAAAACCACACAAACUGAUUGCUCCUGUUAUUUCUGUCUCGUCUGAUCGUCUCGUCACGUCUCACUGUGUGAAUCUGAAUCAUGAGAUCAUCUGUGAUUCUGCUGAUGGAUCUCAUUUCAGUUGUGUGACCGCAUUCAGAGCGAGGAAUCAAACUGCAGCGACUCCAAACUCAGAUGAUCUGAAUCAAGUGACUUUCCAGCACUCAGAUCGGUCACUGUGGAUUUUGGCUGUUUUUGUUGUUAUUGCCGUCCUUAUCAUCAUCAUCUUGAUCUGUUUCUUGUGGCAGAAAAAGAAACUCAGAUGCUUUCCGAACGUCUUUCAGCGCGAUGAUUCAGAAAACAGGGAUCCUGAAUCUGGUGUCCAAAUGCAGCUCGGCUCUGAUGAAUCUGAUUCACUGAAUCAAUCUGUGUUGAGAAGCUCAGAAUGAGUCCAAACUCCCUUCAUCAUGUACAGUGACACGAGUUUGAGUAAAUAUGAAACGUGAUGGGAUGAUCCUGAUCGUCAUCUGGACAUGAAGCUGUUUAACUGCUCAGAUUCAGAUGUUUAGUCUUCAAGCUGAUCUCAAAGAAUCAGAAGAAUCCAGCUGAUCUUGUGUUCAGAUCAGUGCAACAUCUCAACCCUCAUAAGUCUCACUGUUUCAGCUCAUUCACAGUUUUAAAGUAUUUAUUAAUGCUUUCACUGUGGGAAUUUAGCUUUUAAUUAAUCAUGAUCAUUUAUUGAUAAUGGUUCCGUAUCCUGUGUAAAUAUAAUGCAGCUGCUGAUGUAAUUAUAUUACACCCUAUCUGAGGGUUGUCCCCCCUAAAAAUAUAAUUACAAGCGACUCUGUGUAUUAAAAAUAAUAUAAUGGACAUAUACUUAAAAUAAUUGUGUGAGUAGUAAAACAAAAUAAACGCAAAAAAACGUUUUAAGUUCAGAAAUGUUUUGAUUCCCCCCUUCCUUUGCCUCACAGUGGUUUGGUCCACUGCCUGCUUUCCUUCUUUACCGAUACACACACACACACACACACGAGUCCGGUCACUCCAGUGC